AAACUUGACUGAAGAGACACAGAUGCUCAAAAAGAAAAAUGAGGAGCUGGAGAACCUGACACGAGACUCUACUCUCUUCAAAAAACAACUGGCAGAAAACCAGGAGCUCAAAAAGAAAAAUGAGGAGCUGGAGACAGAAAAGAAAAACCUAACAGAAAUAAUACAACAGAUGACGACACAAUGGAAUGAGCUCAAUGUUAGUCGAGCUCAGUGGAGCAUUGAUGCCUACUGUCCCAAGAGCAAUAACAACCGAGAGUGUAAAAUUUGUCAGGCUGGCUUGCUUUCCUUCCAGUCAGGCUGCUAUGCAAUUAAUAAUCCUGAAGCUCCUAAGCAGAAAACCUGGAAAGGUGCUCGAGAUGACUGUAUAGGAAAGAUUUCAGAUUUGGCUGUUUUGAAUAAUGAAACAGAAAAGGGUUAUAUCAGUGGCGACACCUGGUGGAAUUCAGGAAACAGUGCAUACUGGAUUGGUCUGAGAGUUGAAGAUGGGAACUGGAAGUGGGUGGAUGGAAGUAAUCUGACUAACAGUACCUGGAUCUCAGGGUCUCCUACUGAUGGUCAGUGUGCAAUCUCUGUAUUUAAAGGAUUUAAAUCAGUGAGCUGUACUGAGAAGAACCGAUGGAUCUGCAAGAAAAAAGCCUUAACUCUUUGAAUACUGCAGUAAAAUGUCACAUGACUCCUGGAUGUUCUGAAAAUAUAAUAUUAAUAAUGAUGUUCAUAUCAGUAAAAAUAUAAGUAAAUAUAUAAAUAUAUUGAAAUAUGAAGACUGCUUUAUGAUUUUUGUA